AUGUCACCGACCGGUGGUCAAGGAGCCGCCAUGGCUUUCGAAGGCGCCAUUAUUUUGUCCCACACACUCGCAUUGCUCAACACCAAGAAGUCCAAUUCCCAAGAUCCUCUCAAGAAAUGGCAGACAGCCCGACAGAAACGAGCCACGAACAUCCUCCAAAUCACCAAGGGAGGUGAUAUGAGAAAUUGUUUACGGCGUUCCGUCCUGACCAAUACUCUGACUCUUCUGAGUACAUUGACUGUCCAGAAAGGAUGCUUCCCCAAUUCAAUUCGAGCACUGCAAGGUACGUUUUAG